AUGGGAGACCAGUCGGCGGCGGCCCAUCAAAGCUGCAACACAAUGGUUGGACAGGUUCAUAAGGAAUUAGGUGAUCCUUCAGAAUGUUAUUGUACACCAAACCCAGAAGCAAAGUCCUUUGACAUUUUUGUGUUCAUGUUACAUUUUGUGACAUCAGUGACUAUUGUCGUCUUCUGCUACAGACUCCUUGUCUGUACUGUUAAAGAGGUAGCUGCAUCUCAGCUGUAGGAGCCUGCCACCACUCAGCAAGCUAACCGAGAAGUCACCUGCAUGGUUGUCAUCAUGGUCACUUUCUUCCUCAUUUCCUGGGUCCCGUAUGCCAGUGUGGCUUUCUGAAUCUUCACGCACCAAGACUCUGAUGUCAGCCCUGUCUUCUUGACCAUCCCAGCCUUCUUUGCCAAAAUGUCUGCUCUCUACAACACUGUGAUUUACAUCUUAAUGAACAAACAGUUCUGUAACUGUGUGAUCACUGCCCUCUGCUGUAGAAAGAAUCCUCUGGCUGAUGAGGACACUUCUUUUGCUGUCCCUAAGACAAAGACGUUCACAAUCUCAACAAGUCAGGUUUCUCCUGCAUAG